AUGGCAAGCGCAAACCCUGAAUUAACCAACAAAUCAACAACUCCGGCGACGGACUUGGAGCUAAAGAAGGUCUUCGACCAGUUCGACGCCAACGGCGAUGGGAAGAUCUCUGUCUCGGAGCUCGGAAACGUUUUCAAAUCGAUGGGAACGUCGUACACGGAGGCGGAGGUAAACAAAGUAUUGGACGAUAUCGACAUCGAUCGCGACGGUUACAUCAACCUGGAGGAGUUCGGCGCCAUCUGCCGCUCAUCCUCCUCCGCCGCAGAGGUCCGUGAGGCUUUCGAUCUAUACGAUCAGAACAAGAACGGUUUGAUCUCAUCCACCGAGAUCCACAAGGUUCUCAAUCAUCUCGGUAUGACUUGUUCCCUCGAAGACUGCGUGAGGAUGAUUGCGCAUGUGGAUUCGGACGGCGACGGUAACGUCAAUUUCGAGGAGUUUCAGAAGAUGAUGUCUUCGCCUGAGCUACUCAACAGCAAAUGA